GACCAGUGGGAAGCUAACCGGCAGCCUGAGGGAGUGAUCAGGUGGAAGCCGUGCGUGGUCAAGGAUGGUCGGCGCAGAAAGAAGUUGGCUGACGAUGGAUACUGUGCACGAUGCACAUCAACCAACAAGCUGUCAGAAGCUCUUUCCGACUUUUCGUCAUCGUCACCUUCUCCCCUCAUGGGAACCGGCUCCUUCCCAGUCACCUUUGUACCUCUUUGGUUUCACCUUUUGACUGCUGCCUUCUGACUUCCUUCUCUUCAUCUCAUCCCAUUCCUUCCAGGCCAUCGCACGUUGUCCUUUUACCUCGCAAACAUCAACCAUCCUGUCAGCAUUGACAUUCAAACGCUACCUUUCUUCUGAAGUGCCGUCUCUACUGCAUCAGCGGUCGUCAACAUGAUUGUCCACCCAGAUAUGCUGAAGUCUGCUUCAGCCACCUCUUCGGUGGCCCCAAUUCCCACGGUAAUCCCUAACCCGGUCAUCACUAUCGCGGCCGGAGACAUGGGAAAGAGAACCCUCUGGGUCGUUGUCGUCCUCAUGGCCAUCUCCUCUCUCGCCUUCUAUGGCAUGGCUUUCCGCGUUCCAGUGCAAAAACGCCUUUUCCACAUACUGACUUCCUUCAUCACUACCUUUGCAUUCCUCUCCUACUUCGCCAUGGCCACCGGGGAUGGCACUAGCUUCAACACAUACACCGAGACCAUCCAUCACAAGAGAGUCCCAAACACACAUCAAGACUACAAGAGAGAGAUCUACUGGGCAAGAUACGUUGAUUGGGCUAUUACUACACCACUUCUCCUGCUGGAUCUGUCCCUUCUCGCUGGUCUCAGUGGUGCUAACAUCCUGGUCGCCGUCGUUGCCGAUGUGAUUAUGAUCCUGACUGGCUUGUUCGCUGCCUUCGGUAGCAAGGACAGCCAGACCUGGGGUUGGUAUGUGUGGGCAUGUAUUGCCUACCUGGUCGUGGUCUACCAAUUGGCUUUCAAUGGCCGCACUGCUGUUGCCAACAAGGACAGCAAGACGAAGACCUUCUACGCAUCGAUUGCUGGCUUCACUCUCAUCUUGUGGACGAUCUACCCAAUUGUUUGGGGUUUGUCCGAAGGUGGCCAUGUCAUCGAUGUCAACCAGGAAAUCGUCGCUUACGCCGUCCUGGACAUCCUCGCGAAACCAGUCUUCGGUUUCUGGCUCUUGUUCACCCAUGACAGCAUGUCGAGCACUUCUCCAUCCCUUGAGGGAUUCUGGUCCCAGGGCUUCGGCAGUCAAGGAACUCUCCGAGUUGGUGAUGACGAUGAAGCAUAAAGGCGUCCGCUGACUAUUCCAGGUUGGUGAUGACGACUAAACGCCUCACAUCACGCAUGGUAACAAAUGUCGGAUCGAGAAUGUCAGUGAGAGUUGAGAAAUGGAGAGAAGUCGAAAGAUUGGAGGACGGAGAUUGGGGUGGUAAUGAUCACCAAUGCAUGAUAAGGGCUGCAUCUUCAUGACGCGAGAUACGAUGACUUACUUUCAUAAUGGCUGACCUAGGAGAGGUCUAGCAUCUUCGAGCUUAUGGCUGUGGAAGCUUGUAAGGCUUGACAAGUCAAUUGUACAAUUACGUCCUCUCCUUUUGCGUGUCAAACCCGGCGUAAGGCUGCAUGAGACAAAAUGAAAAUUAUUGCGAAAGAA